UCAGAAGUUAGUAACAUAACAGGAAAUUUUAGGUUAAGAUUAUUUUAAAUAAGGAAUAAAGUAAAAUAUGUUGCGGAUUACAAAUAAUUUUAGAAUUUUGAACUUAACAAAAGAGGUUCUUACUACAGAUUCAAACUUAAUAAAUUCACAAACAGUUCGAUGGCGAAAACCCAGGUGGGUACCGAUUGCAAAAAGCAAAAUUUUUAAAGUUCCUCCAAGACCUGUAGUACCGGAAGAUGAGGAAGUUGAGUUGAAGAGAUUGAGCAACAAUUACAAAACACAGAUUAAAUCCAUUCGAAGAUAUUUAUCUAAUACAUACUACAUAUUGGGUAAGACAGAAAUUGAUCCCGAAGAACAGAAAAGGCAGUUUGAAGAGGACUAUGCUCGUUCCAUGGAACUUAAUAAUAAGUGGAAUGAAGAACAAAAAAUAUUGCGAGAGAAAAGAGUAGCAGAAAACUUAGAAUAUGAACUAAAUUUUGCUCGAAAUAGAGUUCAACGUGAAAUACUGAAACGACAAGAGAAGCUUCAGUUAAUUGAGGAAAUUGUUCGUAAAGAGAAAGAAAAAUCAAAAAGUUAUAUUACUUCUGAAAAUAUAGACACUGCAAUAGAACAAGCUUUGGCCAAUCCAGUAGAUUAUAAUUUUGCUGUUAAUUUAAAUGGGGAGAAAGUAACCCACUUUGAACAUGAAAAGAAAACAGAAAAGAAAACCAGUGUUAUUCAAUAAAUAUAUAUGUAUUAUUUAAAUAAAUUUCAUUUCAAUUACGAA